AUGUUCGGCUCAUACAGUUCCAUCAGCUCCAUGUGCGCGUCCUCAGCGCCCAUGGACAUCGCGUCUCGCAACAUCUACCGAUCUCAGGAUUCCGCCUGCGCUUUUCCAUCAUGGCCCCGACGUGACUCUCUCUCCGAGUCUGAUCGAGAGGAGCGACCCACCUCUUAUCUAUCCGACGACGAUCUGUUCCUCUCCGAUCCCUUCGACGACGACGCCCAGAGCGUCUCCAGCGCCGGCAGCUCUUCUCCUGGUGCCAUGGCCUCUCCUCCCAACGUCAUCACCGACUUCGAGCUCAUCCAGGCCGAGCGCGAACGCCAGGCCGCUUUGCAACGAGAGUGCCUUCGCGUUGUCGCCCUCGAGAAGGAGCGUCGACGUGCCGCCGCACGAAAGCAGCGCCGUAGCAGUUCUCACAAGAAGAGUCCCAAGACCAAGCUCACCUCCAUCAACGAGGAGGCUGUUGAGUAG